ACCAGUAUUUGAUAACAUAACCUAACAUGCGUUCUCAGAAGAACAAAUUAUUGAUCGGUAAAGUUUUUCAUUAUUUAGAUUUAAAAACAUCCAUCAUGUAAGAAAAUAAGAUGUGAAAAAAUAAGGGAACAAGAAAUGUCUGUGGUUACAGUCUAGAUAAUGAUUCGUAUCAAGAUUUCUUUGUAUACUUUGUACUCCUGCAAAUAUGUUUAAGCACCUUAUAAUUUUUCUUAUCGGCAUUUCCAACAUCAAAUGUAUUUUUGGUUCCAUAACUUGUAAGCCAAAAGUUGCUGUUAUUGGAGCUGGAAUCGGUGGAGCAUCUGCAUCUCAAUUCAUCACAGAAUUGUUCAACAAAAACGUGGAAAUAGAUGUUUUCGAAGCCAAGAAAAUUGGUGGUCGCUUGGCUAACAUUGAAUUCGGAAGCAAUGAAUAUGAAGCUGGAGGUGCGAUAAUACAUCCAAGAAACAAGUACAUGGUAGAUUUUGUCAAUCAGUUGGGCUUGGAGCACACACCACCUUCAUUUGAAAGAUUUGGUAUAUGGAAUGGUGAUGAACUUGUUUUUGAAGAAAGCAGUUGGGAAUCUAUCACAUUGGUCAAACUUUUGUACAAAUAUGGAAUGCAACCAAUACACCUUUACAGAUAUGUGGAUAAAAUAUUGGAUGAUUUUCAAAGAAUUUAUGAACACCAAGACAAGGGAGUAGGUUUUGAAAAUGUAACUGCUUUGAUUAUGUCCAUGAAUAAAGAGUUUGCACAAUUGUUGGAAACGCCAAUGCAUGAUCAUCUAACAAGCUUGGGUUAUGGAGAAGAAUUGAUCAAUCAAUUAGUUAAGGCUACCAUUGUGGUAAAUUAUGGACAGGAUGUAAAUAUACAUGCUUUUGUGGGAUGUGUGUCAGUGGCUGGUGCUGGUUUUGAUUUAUGGUCAAUCAAAGGUGGCAAUAAAAAGGUGCCUCAGUUUUUGCUCUCAAGAAACGAAAAAGUCACGGUCAUAUCUUCUACUGUUAAAAAAAUUCACAAGCAUUCUUUAGAAAAUAGUCCCAAGUAUGAAAUUUUUCACAGACAAAGUGAACAAAAUGAAACAAGCGGUAUCUAUGAUAUUGUCAUUAUUGCUACCCCUAUGACAAGUGAUCAUGAGAAUCCAAUAGCAUUUAGUGGAUUUGACAAUCCAGAUUUACAUUUUCCUGGAGAAUUUCAAACAACAAUUGCAACGUUUGUAUCAGGCAAAAUUAACUAUUCCUACUUUGAAUUGGAAGAUGAAUUGGGAGGAAUAAUGAGCUGUGAUCCGGAUAAAACGAAAAUUAGUUGUAUUGGAAAGAUAUCCUCUGUCAAUGGUAAACAAGACAUUGAUGCAGAAGUGUGGAAAGUGUUUAGUAGACAAGAAUUGCAAAAUAUGGACAAAAUCUUUUCAAAAAUAAAUGAAGUGAAAGAAAUCAAAUGGAAAGCUUAUCCUCGAUAUUCAUCGACUGGAAGACUAGAUAAAUUCAAGCUUGAUGACUUUAUGUAUCAUGUAAAUGCAAUCGAAUGGGCUGCUAGUGCCAUGGAAAUGAGUGCAAUAGGGGGAAGAAAUGCUGCUAUAUUAGCUUACAAUGACUAUGGUCAUAAAUGUGUACCCCCAAUGUCACAUCACCAAUCCCCAAACAUGAAGACUCGAACACCUUCUUCAGAAUUAUGACAAUAGAUGCAGUUUGGCUUGAACAAGUAUGCUUCAACACAUAAGUAUCAGCAAUAUUUUUAAU